AUGCAAGGAAACCAGGACUCGCAACAAGAAGAUCCCCUUAAGGUUUACGGACGAGAUCUGGUCGCCGAGGCUGAGGCAGGUCGACUGGAUCCGGUGAUUGGUCGCGAUGCUGAGCUGCGGCGUGUGAUUCAGAUCCUGUCAAGGAGGACCAAAAACAAUCCGGUUCUAAUCGGCGAGCCCGGUGUGGGCAAGACAGCAAUUGUUGAAGCUCUGGCACAGCGUAUCGUACGUGGUGACGUCCCGGAAGCGUUGUCAGGUACCCGAGUAGUCGCUUUGGAUAUGGCUGCUUUGAUUGCUGGAGCAAAGUAUCGGGGCGAGUUCGAGGAGCGUCUGAAGGGUAUAAUUAAGGCUGUAAAGGAGUCCGCGGGAAAAAUCAUUCUAUUCAUCGACGAAAUCCAUACUGUUCUCGGUGCAGGCUCCACUAGUGGUGAAAGCAUGGAUGCAGCGAAUAUUCUGAAACCGGCACUCGCUCGCGGCGAGCUCAGAUGUAUCGGUGCAACUACUGUUGACGAGUAUAAGAAGCACGUGGAGAAGGACGCAGCGUUUGAAAGGCGGUUUCAACAAGUCUACGUAUCUGAACCCUCCGUUGAAGAGACGAUAUCAAUUCUGCGGGGCCUUCGACCCGUAUACGAGAGUUUCCACGGUGUUCGAGUAACUGACGCGAGCCUCAUCGCAGCAGCACAACUGAGCGAUCGGUAUAUUCGCGACCGCUUUCUACCAGACAAAGCAAUCGAUCUCCUAGAUGAGGCAUGCAGCGCUAUCCGGGUACAGCUAGACUCGCAACCAGAAAUUAUCGAUCGCCUCGAAAGGCGGAAGCUGCAGCUCGAGAUUGAGGAAACAGCGCUGCAACGGGAGAAAGACAAAGCGAGCAAGCAACGUCUCGAAAGCGUUCGGGAAGAAAUAGCGAAAAUAGAUGAAGAACUUCGACCCCUGAAGAAGAAGUUUGAGAAGGAGAUGCAGAAGGUGAAUGAAGUGCGACACAUCAGGUCGAAAAUUGAGGAGCUGAAACGAAAAGCGGAGCUUGCCGAGCGGCGUCGGGACCUUGCGCUCGCCUCUGACCUACGAUUUGGUGCGAUUCCGGAGUUGCAAUCACGACUGAGUCAACUUACGCGAGAAAUUGAUGAAGAGCGAUCCCAGCGAGCAUUACAUGCGAGUUCGCGACUUUCAGGCACAGAGGCAGAAAGUGCUGUUCUGGUUUCAGAAACAGUGGAGCCCGCGCACAUUGCCGAAGUAGUCUCGCGCUGGACCGGCAUACCCGUGUCGAGACUAACGCAAGGAGAACGAGAACGCCUGCUGCAUCUCCGAGAGCGCCUCAUGUCGCGAAUUGUUGGCCAGGCGCAAGCCAUAUCUGCUAUAGCGGAUGCGAUUCUUCGAUCCCGUGCUGGAUUUGGCCGUGAGCAACAGCCUAUUGGCUCUUUUCUGUUCUUAGGACCCACUGGUGUUGGCAAGACUGAGACGGCCAAAGCGCUCGCCGUGGAGCUUUUUGACACGGAGAAGAACAUUGUGCGCAUCGAUAUGAGCGAAUACAUGGAGAAACAUGCGGUCGCCCGGCUCAUUGGAUCACCGCCGGGCUAUGUCGGCUACGAAGAGGGCGGCCAGCUCACGGAGGCGAUUCGGAGACGUCCUUACUCCGUGGUGCUCCUAGACGAGGUGGAAAAGGCGCACCCGGAAGUCUUGAAUAUACUUCUCCAAGUUCUAGAUGAUGGAAGGCUCACGGAUGGGCACGGGAAGGUCGUCGACUUUAGCAACUGCGUCAUCAUCAUGACAUCGAAUAUCGGCAGCAAGUAUAUCCUCGAUCUCAACGGCAGCGCAAAAGAUGCUGAACCGUUUGUAAUGGAAGAGGUUCGCCGUACUUUCCGCCCAGAGUUCUUGAAUCGGCUGGAUGCGAUUGUGUUGUAUAACGCUCUCGGUGAGGUACAACUAGCUGCAAUUGUCCGUUUGCAACUUGCGGACGUGGGCAAGCGCCUUGCGCGUGAGCAGAUUAUGCUGCAGUGCACCGAUGCUGCUGUAAUUCGCAUCCUGAAUGAGGCGAAGGCGAAUCCUGCGUACGGCGCUCGGCCUAUUCGACGCUUCAUCGAGCAAGAGCUCGUGACAGAGUUGAGCCGUAUGCAUAUUUCUGGUGAAUUGCUCAGCGGUGGCCGUGUCAUCGUGGAUGUUGAUCAGCGUGGGGACUGGAUAUUCCGGGUCGAAAAUCCCAGCCUGAUGGAUGACGACGAAUGA